GUUCACACCUUACAACGGGACCAGAGUCACUGAAGAGGAUUCUGUUCUGGAUAUCAGUUUCUGCUGAAAGUAAAGUAUUUCUGUCACGAAUCACAACCUGGUAUCAGGGAGGAUGGAUAAUGCUCAGCCGGAGAGGGACAGUGGAGGAGAUCGUCACUCGGUGGAAUCUGUUUCCUACAAGACGCUGACUGUCAAAAUAUUGCAUGCGGAAAAUCAACGGCAUUUCAGCAACUUGAUUUAUCGUGGCUGCUUCGUCACCGUGUCUCUGCCUACAGCGUCAACAAAAACCUUCCGCACAAAGACUGUGUACAACUUUAAAAACCCUGUGUGGAAUGAAGAGGUGACCUACAGGCUCCCAGACAACGUCAAACAUGUUCUGGAAAUCCAAAUGUACGCUGUGAGUUUCCUGAGGACCAUCCUGCUGUCCACAAUCUGGCUCGACAGUCACUUCACGGGGAACCCGAUGUCCAAACCUGGUGCAGAGAAAAAAUCCCAACUUGACCUGCGCAUCAAAUGGUCUGAUGGAGAUGAAGCUGGAGUCGUUGGAUACCACUCCAAUGGGAUUGUUGUGGCUGCUCCACUCGCUGAUUUGGAUGUUAACCUUGAGAAGCCGCUUCAAAGAAGGAAUGUUAAAGACAAGUUGCUGAACAUAAAUGGAUCCUAUCAGGAGUCUCAGACACUGCGUUUAAAGGAACCUCAAAAACUGCGUUUCUACAUCAACAGAAACUUGGAGACAGACCUGGAAGUCCAAGAACGUCGUAAGAGUCUAAGGAAGGUUCUGCGCUGGUAUCUCAGACCUGUGAAGUGGACGGUCAGAGGCGUGUUGUUCAUUACAGUUGUGGUUUGGAUUCUUCUCAAAUGUGUGCUUAUGUGCCCUGCACUCGCUUUGUGGAGGUUUCUCAUAAAUCUGUUUCGAGGACAAUCCAGUCUAGCUGGUUUUUGGAACGGUUUCAAAUGUGUGCUUAUGUGCCCUGCACUCGCUUUGUGGAGGUUUCUCAUAAAUCUGUUUCGAGGACAAUACAGUCUAGCUGGUUUUUGGAACGGUUUCAAAUAUGUGGUUUUCCUCCGCUUCCUUGGACCCCCAGUGAGGAUGUCUCUCACAGUCGUGGUUUCCCUGAUACGGCUUGGAUACAAGUUGUGGAAAGAACCAAACUACUGGGUUUUAGUCAAACACAUUGGAGCUAUGUUGUGGCAUUCAGUGAAAUCCCUGGCUAAGAGAGAUGAAUCAGACACUCACGUUACUAAGACGUUGGCGUCCAUUCAGCUGGAUCCACUUUCUGGAAAUCAGAAGGAGAAGGUUUCCCUCAAAAUUGGAAAGGACAUGGUCGAUCUAGACCUGGAAACAAAUGAACGUGAGGAGGAAGAACUCGAUGUUCGCAUGGAGUUUGAUAUUCCGCAUGAAGAGAAAGAGUUUCUGAAGAAGAGGAAAGUUGUGGUGGCACAAUCUCUACAGAAACUUCUAGGUCUCGAGUGUCCACUUAAACCUGAUCAGGUCCCGACUAUAGCUGUGGUGGCUUCAGGAGGAGGAGCCAGGGCCAUGACAGGUCUGCUCGGCGGUUUAAAGGGGCUUCAGGACAUGGGAGUCCUCGAUACUGUCAGUUACAUCACUGGAGUUUCUGGAUCCACCUGGACUAUGUCUUCUCUGUACAGAGACCCAAACUGGUCAAAGCAGAACUUAGAGAAGGUCAUUAAUGAAGAAAAAGUACAGAUGACAAAGAAACUCUCAAGUGCCUUCUCUGAAGAGAAGACUAAGUAUUAUGUUGAACAAAUGGAAGAGAAAAGGAAAGCUGGGUACUUGCAGUCAUUCAGUGACCUGUCGGGCCUGAUCAUCGAACAUCUCAUCUUCGGGAAGGAAACAACCUACAAACUGUCUGACCAGAAGGAAGCAGUGGCUGAAGGUCAAAAUCCUUUACCAAUAUACACUGCCGUCAAUAAGAAAGAGGACGUAAUGGAGGGGGAACAGAGAUCUGAAUCUGAGUGGUGUGAGUUCACCCCCUAUGAGGUCGGACUCCUGAAAUACGGUGCCUUUGUCCGAACUGAAGACUUUGGAAGUCACUUCUUUCUUGGUCACCGUAUUAAGAAACUCCCAGAACUCCGCAUCCCCUAUCUGAUCGGGAUGUGGAGCAGUGCAUUUUCUCUCAGUGUGAGUGAGUUGUUGGAUUUUGUGAUUGGUCCUCGAUCGAAGUCUUCCAAAUCAGAAGAUGACAGUGAAGGGACUUCAACAGUUCAGGCACGCAGGGCAGUUCUACAGAGAAGAGUCACUAUACCCCUGUCCGGGAUCUCCUUUGGUAACAAAGGACUAAUAGUCAAGCGUUCAGUCUCCAAAAUGACCGCAUUUGUGCAUCGUCUGUUCUGUAAACGUCCACUCGUCACUGAAAUUUACAACUACAUGCACGGUGUCUUCAUGCACAAGAACUACGACAAAGACCCCAGAUUUCUGGCUUGGAAAGAGAGUCAAGCAUUAGGGCUGAGUAAAGAGAGACACCCUGACUCCUACCCCAACGAGCUGACGCCCAGCGACUCCACCCUGCAACUGGUGGAUGCUGGUCUGGCCAUCAACAUCGGCUGUGCACCGAUUCUACGGACAGAGAGGAAGGCCGACCUCAUCAUCGUCCUCAGCUACUCAUGGGACAUAGACCCACUUGCGGUGGUGAAACUCACAUCCAGUUACUGUAAAUCCCAUGAAAUCCCCUUCCCCAACGUGGACGGAACUCUGCCGGAGCAGGAGGCGUACGUCUUUAAGGAUGAGGACCAGGCUGAAGCCCCUAUCGUCAUCCAUUUCCCACUCGUCAAUGUCACCUUCAGAGAUGUCCUUGCACCAGGUUUGAAACGUAAAACGCCAAAGGAGAGAAAAGCUGACAGACUGUACGGCGACAAUUACACAACCAGGAACCUGGUCUACGACAAGAAGCACUUCGAGUUCUUGAUCAACCUGACGUAUUACAACAUCAUCAGCAACAAAGAGAUGAUGCUGAACGUCCUCAAAGACGCCGUCCACAGGAAGAUGGAGAAAACAAAUGCACAUUAACUGGGUUCAUCAACGCCUCGGUUCAUUUAAAUGGAUAUAAUAAUAAUAAUAAUAAUAAUAAUAAUAAUAAUAAUAAUAAUAAUAAUAAUAAUAAUAAUAAUAAUGCAUUUUACUUCCUCCGCCAAGGAACAGCGGAGGUUCUGUUUUCAUCGGGGUUUGUUUGUCUGUUAGCAA